GCUCCGCACGGAGCGGCCCCGGGCAGCGCCGGGAAACCGCGCGGGAGCGGCCGUGCUGGUUUGUACCCCCAAAACCAAGUUACCCGCGUUAAAAUGCCAGGCGAGUUGCCGACCCUCUGCGCGAGGGCGGCGAGGUUCACGGCUCCGUGCGUGAUCCCUCCCUGCUGCUUUUCGCGUUCCCGGGAGAAGCUGGGGGCAUCGCGGUGAGUGUAGUGGGCACAAGUCCUGUGAAUCCCUGACAAAACGGGCAAAUCGUCUGCGUUUCCGCUGGGAAACUCGGCUCUCGCUCAUUGCUCGUGGUGGUUCUGCUCAGACCUCUGCUGACCUGAGCCCGCAGCUCGCGGUCGUCCUUCUCCGAGGGAGUUUCUCCGGAGCCGGGGCUCCGGGCUGGCUCACGGGCUGCAGCUCCUGGUGCUGGAGACGUUGGUCCCUGGGCACCCGCGGCCCUCGGCCCGCUCCCGGCUUCGUCCUGCCCCUUAUCUCCUUCCCGGCCUCCCGGGAAGCUACCUAAGGAUUUUAGCUGCAGCCCCCGAGGUCGCUUGCAGUCCCAUCCCAAAUAAUCCCGGUCCGAGCAGCCGGUGGGGCGAGAGGGGAUCGUGCCCUGCGCGGCGUCGCGGAGGCUCAUGUUUUCCCAGCUCAUGUUUUCCCGGCUCGUGUUUUCCCAGCUUGUGGGAAAUCCCUUUCCUGUGGCCUCUUGUAUUUUGAUUUUUAUACUUCCAUACUUUUGGGUAUGGAAGAACGGUGACCACCUCGUCUGGCCGAGGAGAGCCGCGGUCCCAUCGGACACGCUUUGCCCUGCGAGUCGCUCGCCCUUCCCGCGCUGUAAUCGCUCCUGGCAGCUGCAGUGCGAGUGGUUGUGGGACAGCGAGAGAGGUUUGUGCCUCCGGGGGGGAAUCAGAAUGCAAAUAUCUUUGGCAUGAAACAGCCAAAGGAGAUUUGCUCCUUGGUAUUUCUUGUCAGUACUUUGCAUCUGUCUCUGCUUCACCUUCUCAUUCUUUCCCUUUGCCCUUUCGCAGGCUUUUUUUCCAAGCGCGGUGAGAGCUCCCGGAGGCCUCUGGGUCGGAGGGGACGUCGGGAGGACGCGGCCAGGCCCCGGGCUGCUCGCUGCCGAGGUCUGCAAACCGUACGGCAGAGCAAGCGCGCUGCCGGGCGCGGGUUGGCCGGGGAGCUGGGCUUCCCCUGGAAAACGCUGUGGUCUGCAGCCCCUGCCUCCUGCUGUCAGGUGGGGCCGGGGCUCCGGGGUCACUUGUCCUGCUCGGGAUUGUGCGGCCAGGCCUGCUCGGCACGAGCGGUGCUUCCUCUGAACGGCCGAGCGGCUAGCCGGGUGAAAAAAACCCUCCUGCCUAGGGAUCUGGCAGAAGUCCUAGCAAAUCUGCAAAAAUAUGUUUUUGUCAGUGCUGCUUAUUCUGGUAGGAGAACUAGUAUAAACUGUUCCGGUAGGAAACCUUUUCCUGGAAUGAUCCCUGGACUGUUGGAAGCACGCGCCGCGAGUCCGGGCGCCCGGCGGCUGCCAGACCCUGGAGAUGCUCUUGAAUUUCUGGGCUCCUGCUGCCUCCUAUCUCGCUGCUUUGGACGUGUCCGUCCGGGCUUUCGGCGGGUUGCGGGGGGUUUGGGGAGCUCGGAGGGGCCGGUGGCGGCGGGAGCCUCUCGCGGCCGUCCCGGCCGGGGACUUCAAAGCGCGGCAGGUCGCUGGGCUCGCGCGCGGCUUUGCUCUCCAGACAGGCGUGAAAAGGGGCAAGAAUGUGAAAAAUGUGAAAAUGAGCAGGCUGGCCCCCAGAUUUGUAAACUUUGGGUUAAUGUGUAAGAAACGGGUGGCAGCUAGGCUGGGCGCCGGGCCGCGAGCUGGGGCAUGGGCCGGGCACGGCGGCAUCCCCGGGCGCACGGCAUCCCCGGCACCGGCCCCGCCGGGCCUUCCCACGCCGUUUUGGGCAAAGCGGGCUGGGGAGAGGCUUUGGGGCUUCUCUGAACUGGUUUCUCCAGUUUUGACUUAUCCCUCGUCGUUCUUCGAACCACAUUAUCUGAGUUUGUAAAAACACAUACUUUUACCUGUGCUGAUUAUUCCCCGGUCCAAAGUCCCCGGCCGGAGGAGCAGUUGGAUAAUCUCCGGCGUGUUAAGGAGCACGGUGCGGGUGCAGCUUAUCUGGAGGGCAAAGGAGGCCCUAAUUCGUGCGUGCAGUUAUGCAGAGGCAGCUAAUUCAGCCGCGGUGCUGGGCGCAGCCUUCCCUGCCGAUGGCCGCUGAGCACGGGGAGAGGCGGCGGGGGCAGCAAGCCGGGGGGAAUCUCUUGGGAGUCAGGUUUUCUGUAAAAAAUUAAAGCUAAAAGAGGUGCAGAGGGUGCUUUGGCUCCCUCCUCGGAGACUUUUGGAGGAAUUUAAGAUGGAAAUGGUGGGAAAGGCCUCUGCCGGGGGACGCGGGGUGCCGGGCGAGGCGUGGGGGUGAAGGCAGGGCCAGGGGUGGGUUAGGACCGCGGCCCCGUCCCCGUGCUGCGGGGACCCCCAGACCCCGACGUGGGGUCUCGUGUUGGGUGAAAGCGCCUGGCAGCACCUCCGGCCUCUGGAUGCCGGCGGGACCGUGCCGAGCCCCGCGCAGGGCUGCCUGUUCCUCGGGAAACCCCCAUUCCAGGCAGUACAUGGCCCUUACGGUGUGCAUUAUAUACAUUUAAGUGUACACCCAGGGCGUGCGGUGCGCUGAAGCUGAUGCAGACGGGUGUCCCCGCGCGCUUGGCUGGAGUCGAGCUGCUGAUCAGGAGAUAACCCGGGAGCGGGGAGGCGAGAGCUGCGCCGGGUCGGCACGGCCCGAUGCCCACGUCCUCCCUCCGCCUCUCCGGGCGGCUUCUGAGGAUCCGAGAGCGAGGGGUUUGGUCUGACCCUCACGCCUGAGUUUAGGCCCCGGCUGAGUCUCGCUGUGAAUUAGCGGUUAGAGCGUGUCCUCUGCGAAGGGGGUUGUUUGGUUCUGCCGGCGGUGCCGUGCCGGCGUGCCUCCCCGGGCCCUGCCGAAGCGCGGGCUGCCUCCGCUAUCUGGGUGCCGCAGGGAGGGCGAGGUGCGGCCGGGCGCUGCUGGGCCGUAUCGCGCCUGCCGGACGCGCCUCGCCGGGCCGACCCGGAGCCCUUCCGCUAGCAGGCAGCCUCCGAGCAGCAGGGUUUAUUUUUCCUACUGACAUUAAAAAAAAUGUAACUGGGGGAGCUGGAGCAUCCUUCUUCCCGUGGUCUCCAGCCCUCCUGGAGGGUCAGGCCGAGGUCCCUCUUGGCUGUGCCCGGUGGAUCCGUGCCGAGUUCGACCUUCUGGGCGCCCCGGGACCUCCGUGAGGCCUCUCUGCCAGGGGAAAGCACGGCAAGAAGCAAGGGGUGCUCCCGCUUCCAGAGCCUUUCCCCUGACAAAAUCCAAGGGGAUUUCCAAAGAAAUCGCACAGGCAAUUUUUUUUCGCAAAAAUAAAGGCAAUUUAGCUCUGGUCGGACAUGUCCACGUAGCUGAUCUAGGUUCUUCUUGUUGCUUUGCAGCUCAGCGCGGGAGGGUUAGCAGUGGCUCCGUGGUCAGGGCCCAACGUGGAGCCGGGCCCGGGGAGCGCUUCCGUCGGGAUGGUGCCGGCGGGGCGCCGGGGCGGCGUGUCCAGCUGCCGGGCUGCCCCUCGCGCCCCCUCGGCUCGUGCGCAGGAAGCUUCGAGAUCCACAGAUGAGAGCGUAUAAGUUAAAGCUCUGGGCUAUGAAUUAUUAAUUGAGUUACAUUCCUAAUCACCGUGGUGCUGCAUGAGAAGACCUGACGCUGCCCGUCUCAACUAGAGGCCUAAGCUCUUAAGAUCUGAAUAACGAAGCCUCUGAAUAAUUUGUUCUGCCAGCUACAAAACUCUCGGCCUACAGAUGGGGCUCAUUGUAUUUUCUCUCCUGCCUCCUUGUAUCUCCUCGUCCUCUUUUGUGUUAGAUUAUUCGUUUAUUGACUCUCCCCUCCUGCUUUAUCUGGGUCAUUCUGCCUGUUGUCCUCCUCGGCUGUGUUGACUGACCCACAAGAGUUGUGUCCUCAGCUGCACAUUCCUUCUCCAAGGUCGCUGAUACACAACUGGAAACAUCUGUCAUAAUACUGGUCCUAGCUGGACGCCGCUGGCCCGCGGCGCUGCUGGUGCCCGGCGUGCGCUUCGCCGUCGCCCGCCCCAUCCUUGCAGACGCGCGGGGUCCGCGCCUUCCCCGGCCGCGGCACUGUGCUCCUUUUUACCAGCUUGUUUUUGACGGAUCUCAGCAGAUUUGUCUCGGUUUGGCCUUAAUUUUCUGCUUAAGAUAUUGUGUUUCCCUCCCAUGUCAUUAAUUUUCAGGGUUUUCACUCGCUCGUCGUUGCGUCUGAGCCCUGCAGAGCCCUGCAAGCCCUCUGAUUGCAAAGGCUGCACAGCAGAGCGCUCAGUCCUGUUAACCCAAAUAUUCCUGAGAUUAAUUGCAUCCCCGUUUGCCUAGAUUUCUGCAUUUUCACUGCUUGGAAGCGGCUUUCUGGCAGCCGUCCUGCGGGCUGCAGCGGGCCGUCGCUGGCUGGGUGCGACUGGGUGCACGCCGCAGCGGUGCCUCUUCUCGCCCGCGACCAGGAAUGGGGUAGCGCGGCAGAUGUCAGCAAUACUGCCUAACCUGGUGGGGCUCGCAAGUCCGAUGGAAGAGCACUUCGCAAAUCUGGGUGAAGCGAUCUGCCCAGGGCUGCUGAGAAUAACCAUUGCAAAAGAGGAAGCCGGGCUGCUGGGCGUGAGACGGGCAGAAUUGUGUGAUGACUGCAGGAAAGAGGCACUAGUUGUUUCCAUGCACCCAAGCAGUCAGCAGUUGAGCAAUCCUGAGCCUGACAGCAGAAGUGCAACUUCAAAGGAGGACUCACAGUGACCCCCCGAAGGGCAAUCAGUCCCUCAGCGCCGCCACCUCGUUUGUCCUUCGGAAGAGACGGACAGCAGCACUUCAGAAGAGCGAGACCUGCUGCAAAGAUCAGUACUUUAAACUCCGCACGGAAAGAGCCGUUUGUCAAACGCGGAUGUCCUCUGGGCUGCCGCAAGCGUAAAGGAGCUGCUCGAGAAAGUCAGGCACGCUCCUGAAGGAAAAAAUACUGUCUGGGUUUUGUGUUUAAUUAGGUGUUUACCAGGAAAGAAAAAAAGAAAGUUAAAAGUAGAAUGACAGUGACUUCAAACGAUAUUUCUGACUUCUAACAGUGACAUCUUUGCAAGCCCUGGUUUUAGGAAUUGCAGCUGUGUCUGGGAGUGCAAAAGACGGAGGGUUAUAGCUCGGCUGGGAGCCGGGUGAUCAGAGUAGGGGCCUGCUGGCCUCUGUGCCCUGAGGACCACUUAAAGGUGGGAAACCUGCUCCUCCGCUAAAGCAGCCGGGCUCAGCGAGUGCCGCCAGCGAGCCGCGGUGCGCCCGGGGCACGAGCCGAGUAGCCGGUGCUCGCGGGAGGGGGCUGCCCGGGCGCCAUGCGGGCCCUUUCCCCGGCGGCGCUGCUGGUGCUCGCCGCCGCGCUGGCCGGGCUCCUCUGCGGCCGCGCCGAGCUCCCCGCGCCGAGGGCAGCCGCUCGUCGGAAGCCAAAUUUCAUUAUCGUCCUGGCGGACGACCUGGGAUGGGGAGAUCUCGGGGCCAACUGGGCAGAGACGAAGGACAGCCCAAAUUUGGACGAGCUGGCUGAGCAAGGCACGAGAUUCGUGGACUUCCACUCGGCCGCGUCCACGUGCUCCCCGUCUCGUGCCUCUCUGCUCACCGGACGGCUCGGUGCUCGCAAUGGCGUGACCCACAACUUCGCCAUCUCCUCGCUCGGCGGCCUCCCCCUGAACGAGACGACGUUAGCCGAGGUCCUGCAGCAGGUUGGGUACAGCACGGGGGCCAUAGGCAAAUGGCACCUGGGACACCAUGGCCGCUAUCACCCCAACUUCCGCGGUUUUGACUAUUACUUCGGGAUCCCCUACAGCAACGACAUGGGCUGCACGGACACCCCCGGCUACAACCUCCCACCGUGCCCCGCCUGCCCUCGGCACGGCGCAGCAGCCAGGUACGGCUCCCCCGGGGAAGGGUCCGUGCCGGGACUGCCAGGCAGCUGUGUGAAAAAAGACUGUUACACAAAUGUGGCUCUUCCUCUCUUUGAAAACGUCACUAUUGUCCAGCAGCCCGUCAACCUGACCAGCCUGACGGCACAGUACGCGGAAAAAGCAUCACAGUUCAUCCAGCGUGCCAGCCAAAAUGGACGCCCCUUCUUCCUCUACCUGGCCCUGGCCCACAUGCACGUGCCGCUGGCGGCCCCACAGCCCGGCUCCCCGGGCAGGGGCGUCUACGGAGCCGGCCUGAGGGAGAUGGACGCGCUGGUGGGGAGGAUCAAGCGAGCGGCUGACAGCCAUGGGGAGGGCAACACGCUCCUGUGGUUCACAGGUGACAACGGCCCCUGGGCUCAGAAGUGCGAGCUGGCCGGAGGCGUCGGGCCAUUCGCCGGCGUUUGGCAGCGGCAGCGAGGUGGGAGCUCAGCGAAGCAAACAACCUGGGAAGGAGGCCACCGGGUCCCGGCGCUGGCGUACUGGCCCGGCCGAAUCCCCGCCAACCGGACGAGCCCCGCCGUGCUGAGCACUAUGGACAUUUUCCCUACUCUGGUGGCCCUGGCUGAAGCUGAGCUGCCUCCGAACAGGCGCUUUGAUGGUUUGGACGUGUCCUCGGUUCUCUUUCGGCAGUCGGACAAGGGCCACAAGACACUGCUUCACCCCAACAGUGGGGCAGCUGGGAAGGACGGAGAGAUAAAGGCACUACGACUGGCUCAGUACAAGGUGUUUUACACAACAGGAGGAGCAAAGGCUUGCGAUGGAAGCGUUGGGCUGGAACAGCAUCACCAACCUCCGCUCAUUUUCAAUCUGGAUCACGAUAUCCAGGAGCAGGAGCCUUUGGACGUGGCAUCCAGAGAAUACCAGGCAGUGUUACCUGCAAUCAGUAGGGCUUAUGCAGAAGCUCUUCAGGAUAUUGCAACAGACAACGUCUCGGUUGCAGAUUACUCCCAGGAUCCAACAGCGACCCCCUGCUGCAACGCCCAGCACGUGGCCUGCCGAUGCCAAGCUCACGGGUCUCGUGCAGCCUUGCUGGACCAUGGCACAGAAAGAGCAAAGCGGCUUUGUGUUUAAUCAAGUAAUUGCUCAAGCUGCUCCUUUUCUGAUUCUGGCUUGUGUUAAUGGGACUGUCAUUCAAACCGGCUCCAGCCUUGAGGUUGGCCAUGGAGGACAGGGAUGGAGGCUGUGGUUCCCUUCGCUCUGUGCUAUAAAACAGCGUAGGUGAGUUGAGUGUAUGGGCAUGUGGAGGGGGUCCCCUUUCCUGCAGCUCAUCACAGACCAGGACUGUCCCUGCGGCAGACCUGUCCUGUGUUGCUGGAGCAGCAGGUCAUUACAGUACCUGGUGGUUCUGGGCUUGUGGAAGUACAGAAAGGAGGCAAGGUUUUGUAAAGCUCUUUUGCUGAGAAAGAGUCAGGACUUGGAUGAAAAUUACCUUCUCCAAGACCUGGCUUUUGGAAAGAAUUCCUCUGGGAAAUUCUCUUGCCUUUCCACGAUAGAAAAUGAACCUUACAGAAGAGGGCCUCUGGGAGCACGAGGAAGGGAAGGAAGGGGCCCACAACCUCUGAACAAACAUCCCUUGCUUGAUGUUGAGAGCCUGGAAGUUUGUUGUAGAGAGAAUAUUUCCUGCCUUUUCCAUGUCAGGACAAGGUGAGUGCUCUGGGAAAUGAAACACCUGCUUCUCUAGCUGCCAAGUGAGGUUUUUUUCAACAGGGGUUGCAUUAAAGACCACAACUCUCUGUAAAAGAAAGAGGGUUUGGGGCUCGUAGUGACGGCUGCCCUGGACUUCCCUGGCAUCCUGCUGGGCACGAUGCUCGGCUUGCGCUAAGGCUGCUCUGCACUGACACAGCGGAGAUCAGAGAUUGUUCUGAGAUGACAAGUAGCCAAGUCGCAGUAUUUUGAAAGGCUGCUUGGAAAUGCGUGGGAGAGGUGUGUGCUGCAGAACUGGGGUAACUCUUCCCUGUCACCUCUCUUUUGAAGGACCAGUGAUGUAACUGCAUUUUUGGGGGAGUCGAGUGGAAGGUGUCUGCCCCUAAAACUCCCAGCAGAUCAGGGCUGCAGGCAGAGCUGCAAAGGCAAAAUCAAAGGUGCAGCUGUAACUUCGAAAUGGCCAGGAUUUCUCAGCAGCUGAAUGAGGGUUUUCUGAAACAGUUUGGACUCAGAUUUAGGCAACCAGAUCCUUUUCUUGAAUCCGUCCAUAGGUAGCUUGUCUAAAGCAAAGCAAGGAGUUAAACGAGCAACAGGGAGCUGGGAGUUGUAAUUACGGGCAGCUCUGCCGGGAUUUAGAUGGGCUGCGCGACAGUUUGCAACUAAGCCUGGCCUGCAGCCUCCUCACCUCCCUUGCUGGCACCAGAUGAAAGUGGCAAUGCUCCGCGGACUUGGCCAGGUCGCGCUGGCCCAGGUGUGGCCGAGAGCAGCCUUCCUUUCACCAGGGCCCCAAACCCACUCUCCCACGCGCUAAAACUUAAUCAAGACUGACAUCUUUAGGGCCCCACAAAGAACAGCAGGAGCACAGGCAGCGAGCAGCCGGGGACAGACCGUGACUUUAUUCAGUCUUUAACCAUAGCAAACUGCAUCUUCUCUAAUAUCACUGCAAAAAUACUUUGCCUGGGUAAAAUAGUAUGUAUAUACUGUACAAAGACAUAAGUUCAAUAUAUCUUCCUAUAAGUACAUUUAUACACAUAAAACAGCAUAAAUUAGAAAAGGGAAAACCAAGUAUAUAAAAUUCUGGUUACAUACAAAUCUGAUUAAAUUAGCAUUUACACUGUG